AUGCCCGACUGUAAUUUCAUACGCUUGACCGUCGCCGUAUUACCCUACCCUUAUGGAAAGAAGGGUUCAGACUCCUUAGCAGCCAGAUUUGCUACAGCGACCCCGGAGAACAACUUCGAGAUCGACGAGAACCAGCCGUAUGGUGAAAUAUGGAUGGGAGAUCAUCCCAAUGGUCCGUCCCGUGCCGUCAAAGACAACAAGCCUCUUGCAGACAUAAUCGCCUCUAAUCCAGAAGAAUAUCUGACCUCCGCCGUCUAUGAAAAAUUCAACAAAGACCCCCACCUUCCAUUCCUAUUCAAGAUUCUCUCGUUCCGGAAAGCACUUCCUCUACAAGCCCAUCCCGAUAAAGGUCUCGCCCAGAAGUUAAUGAAACAGGAGAAGCAAGAAAAGGGCAAGAACGAGAAAUUCGUCGAUCCUAACCAUAAGCCUGAGGUUUCGGUUACUGUCUCGGAUCUUUUCCAAGGAUUUGUCGGGUUCAGACCUGUUAGCGAAAUCAAACUUUUUCUUCAAGAGGUACCCGAGCUACGGGCCGCACUGGCAAACGAAGAUGCCGUCAACGAAUUCCUGAAAACUGGUGAAGGAGAAGAAGAGAAGAUGAAAGGGCUGUUGAAGACAUUGUUCUGGAGUCUUUUCAAGAGAGAUAAAGAGACUAUUUCGAAGCUCUGUCAAGCUAUUCUAGGCAGAAUGCAUCUUUUAGGAGAAGAUGCUCUGGGAACUCUCGGGAGAAGCCAGAAUCUGGGCCCGGUUGUGAAGAAGAUGCUCCUGGAUUAUCCCGAAGAUGUUGGAAUGUUUGCAGCAAUAUUCUUCACGAAUUUUGUCCGACUGAAGAAGGGAGAGGGAAUUGCCAUUCCGGCGGAUUGUAUUCAUGCCUAUUUGGAGGGCGAUGUUAUUGAGUGCAUGGCGUGGUCUGAUAAUAUGAUUGCCUGCGGCUUUGGAGAGAAUGAUGACCCUAAGAUAUUCACAAACAUGCUUCUCUACGAAGCCUCUGCUUCAAAGAAGCUCGAGCUCAAACAUCAAACAUGGAGUAAAUCAACGACCGGUAAAACAGAACUGUACGAAGUUCCUAUGCCUGAAUUUGAUCUACUCAAUAUCAAGUUGGAGGAAGACGGCGAAAAAGAGGUGAUAAAUGAGGGAAUCGCAGGACCUAGCGUGUUUCUCUGUUUUGACGGUGAAGUUAGUUUGCAGGGCAUUGAUGGAGAUAACAAAGAAGAGAUUCUGGGGGCUGGACAAGCAGUAUUUAUCAAACCGAACUCUGGCUUCAGUAUUAAGGCUGCUGGCAAAAGGGCAGAGAUGUGGGCAGCAUUUGUGGAGGCUUAG